UUUCUAUGACGUAUAUUUGCGUCAGGAGGAGCCUCACCCGGAAGCGAGUGUCAGAGACACGAAAGUUUUCGUUUCUCUUCUGUUAUUUUCCUUCACUGUCCCUUUUAAAAGUGAGUUUUUUUACGAGUCCUCUUGUGCUUUAUCAUCUGAAACAGGCAGAUAUCAUUUCAAAAUGACUGAAAAGGCAGGUUCUCCACUAGCAAGAACUGUUCUUCAGCAGUGUCUCUAUGCAAGGCUUCAAGUCAAACCUGCAGAUGAUCAGUCUGAGGCUGAAUGGGUGCAGAUUGACAGAGGGAUGGUGGUCUACAUCUGCUUUUUUAAAGGCGCUACAGAGGAAAUUAUUCAAAAAAUCGUGAACACUCUGCUCAACUUGAAGCUGUGUGAAGCUGACUCUGGGAAGUAUGUGUCAGUGUUGGACCUGCCUGGGAACGUCCUCAUUGUGCCUCAGGCUACACUGGGAGGCAAGGCCAAAGGGAAGGGCAUGCAGUACCACCAUAACAUUGGGAAAGAAGAGGGCCUACAGCUCUAUUCUAACUUUGUCUCCCUGUGUGAGAAGGAACUGGCUUUGUCCAGUAACAGUAGUGAGACUGGGAUGAUCGUCAAACAUGGAACAUAUGGGAACAGACAAGUGCUGAAGCUAGAUACUAACGGACCAUACACACACCUGAUGGAGUUUUGAACCUUCCAAUACUAAUGACAUUUCACAGUAAAUUACCAAUUGCACUCUUGUCCCUGAAAUGGUGGUACUGUAGAUCUGAUUAUUAAAGCUGCCAACAUUGUGUAUUGUAA